UGGAGCGAAGCACAGCGGGCAGCGAACCACUGUUGCUGUCGCCUCAGGCCUUUGUGCCGGCAACAGUUUUGGCAUCCCUGGGUGGGCUCGAGGCAAAAUUUAGCCUUGCCCGGAUCCCUCCUGGUGGCCGACGGAUUGCGACAACGACCGACGCCCAGCGCGCACCGGUGACUUCAUCGGGGGCCUCGGCGGAGACGUGGUUUGGUCAACCCCGGAGGGCACAACGGUGCAACGCACAGAUAAGUGGAGAAGCAGCUGCGGGCGACGACUCGGUAGUAACUGCUGCUAAUCCCCAGAACCCUCCCACGGUUGUAAUGGCAGAAUCGGUGUCCCCUUCGGCUCCAACACCCCCACAGGUUCCAGGGAAUGCCCCCUCGGUGGGAUUGUAUCCGUUGAUUACUGAGAAUGUGGUAGCCCGUCCUGGAACACAGGAGCGUGCAGCCCAGAUUGUGCCAGUGUACUCUCAUGUUCCUUUUAAUCCUGUACACCUAGCUGCCUUUAAGGCAGAAGCAGGGGAAUUCUCAAUUAAUCCAGGUCGGUUCAUUUCAAUCUUUGAAGGGUGUCUAGCUAGCCAUAAGCCUGACUGGGAUGAUUGCAACAUACUUAUGAGAACUUUGUUGUCUGAAGUGGAACGGAGUCAAGUUAUAGCUAAAGCUAGAGAGGAGGCACAAAGAAGGUAUAAUGAGGAUAGAGAAGGAAAACCCUUGCCAGAAGCUGUUGUCCCCACAGUGGACCCCGGGUGGAAUCCGAAUGAGGAGGGGGGUUUGAGGAUGCUUAACUCCUAUAAGGAAUUGCUUAUGUAUGGCCUCAGGCACUCGGCUGUCCAACAUAACAACUGGGCAAAGCCGUAUGAGCUAAUCCAGGAAUCAAAAGAGAGUCCAGUGGCUUUUCUACAGCUCAUUCGGGACUCCAUCCGGCAAAGUACUAGCGCAGACCCAGACGAUCAGACAACUGAGGCAAUCAUAAAGGGUAUCUUUACUAGCCAUGCGGCCCCUGAUAUUAAAAGGAAAUUGCAGAAAAAGGAGGAUUUAAUGGGAAUGUCUAUGGCUCAGAUUUUGGAGACUGCCAACAGGGCUUAUGCCCUUAGAGAGGGAGAGAAGGAAAAAAGGCAAAUGAAGAUGAUGUUAGCGGCGGUGCAGGCCGGCGGCAGAGGAAAGUCACAGAAAGGUGAAAGGGGCCGGGGAAUGAGAGGCCGUGGACGUGGGCGCCCCGGUCCCCAGGAAAGGCGUUUGGGUCGCAACCAGUGUGCCAUAUGCCGGAAGGAGGGACAUUGGAAAAAUGAGUGCCCUGAAAGGGAAGAUACCCCCAUGAUGACAGCAGAGGAUCAAGAUUAGGGGUGUCAGGGGAGACGGACCAUCCUGCCCCCGGAACCCCGAGUAAAAAUGAGGGUGGGAAAUUCAGAAAUAGACUUUUUAGUAGACUCUGGAGCAGCAUGAACUGCCGUGAAUCAACCCCUUCAGCUGCCAGUAGCAGAGUCCCUUACAGUGGUUGGUGCCACGGGGAAAAGAACCAAGUGCCCAGUAUAUGCCCCAGCAGAAUGUGCCUUGGGAAACACAACUAUAUCUCACAAGCUGGUUUACCUCCCUGACUGUCCAACACCCCUAUUAGGACGGGACCUGCUUUGUCGUUUGGGUGCCACUCUGCAUUUUACUCAAGAUGAUAUAACCCUUACCUUACCCCCUGAGAAUGCCUGGAUAAUGGCCCUUGCAGUUGAACCCUCAGCCAUGCAAGCCCCAGAGUGGAGCCAGUGGGAGGACCAGGUGUAUCCCCUUGCCUGGGCAUCACGGGUCCCCGGAAGGGCAACCCAUCACACCCCUGUUAAGGUUCAACUCCUCCCAGGAAAAAGCCCAGUGCGGAUCAAACAGUAUCCAAUUAAAAGGGAAGCCAGAGAGGGACUGCAAAAGACUAUAGAUCGAUUCCUAGAGCAUGGGGUACUACGAGAAUGCCAAUCAGCUUGGAACACCCCCAUCCUGCCCGUGCAAAAGCCCGAUGGGACGUAUCGGCUGGUACAGGACUUGAGAGCAGUCAAUGAGCGGGUUAAGACUCUGCACCCCC